CAGGGGCCUUGGGCUACCAGGACCUCGGCGAGGGAGAGAGAGGGAGAGGGAGAGCCUGCAGGCAGACGGCCGACCCCGCAGCCCCGGGCCUCUCUCCCGCCCCCCUCCGCCCCCCGGGGGGACCAUGGCGACGUCCAGGCCGCCGGCGGCCGAGGAGGACAGCACCAUCCUCAUGGCCAAGGAGGAGCUGGAGGCGCUGCGCUCGGCCUUCGAGUCGGGCGACCUGCCCCAGGCCGCGUCCCGCCUGCGCGAGCUGCUGGCCGCGUCCGAGAGUUCGCGGCUGGACGUGGGCGUGACGGGCGAGUCGGGCGCCGGCAAGUCGUCGCUCAUCAACGCGCUGCGCGGGCUGGGCGCCGAGGACCCGGGCGCCGCGCUCACCGGCGUGGUGGAGACCACCCUGCACCCGCAGUGCUACCCGCACCCGCAGUUCCCCGACGUGACCCUGUGGGACCUGCCCGGGGCCGGCUCGCCCGGCUGCCCCGCCGAGCGCUACCUGAAGCAGGCGGACUUCGCGCGCUACGACUUCUUCCUGCUCGUGUCCCCGCGGCGCUGCGGGGCGGUGGAGGCGCGCCUGGCGGCCGAGAUCCUCCGGCAGGGCAAGAAGUUCUACUUCGUGCGCACCAAGGUGGACGAGGACCUGGCGGCCAGCCGCAGCCAGCGCCCGUCGGCCUUCAGCGAGGCGGCCGUGCUGCAGGAGAUCCGCGAGCACUGCGCCGAGCGGCUGCGGGCGGCCGGCCUGGCCGAGCCCCGCGUCUUCCUCGUGUCCAACCUGGCGCCGGGCCGCUACGACUUCCCGCUGCUCGUGGCCACCUGGGAGCACGACCUGCCGGCGCACCGGCGCCACGCGGGCCUGCUGUCCCUGCCCGACGUGUCGCUGGAGGCGCUGCGGCGCAAGAAGGACAUGCUGCAGGAGCAGGUGCUCAAGACGGCGCUGGUGUCGGGCGUGAUCCAGGCGCUGCCGGUGCCCGGGCUGGCGGCCGCCUACGACGACGCGCUGCUGGUGCGCUCGCUGCGGGGCUACCACCGCAGCUUCGGGCUGGACGACGACUCGCUGGCCAAGCUGGCCGAGCAGGUGGGCAAGCAGGCCGGCGACCUGCGCUCGGUCAUCCGCUCGCCGCUGGCGGCCGAGGUGUCCCCCGAGGCGGUGCUGCGCCUCUACUCGCAGUCGUCGGACGGCGCCAUGCGGGUGGCCCGCGCCUUCGAGCGCGGCAUCCCGGUGUUCGGCACCCUGGUGGCGGGCGGCAUCAGCUUCGGCGCGGUGUACACCAUGCUGCAGGGCUGCCUCAACGACAUGGCGGAGGACGCGCAGCGCGUGCGCAUCAAGGCGCUGGAGGAGGACGACGCGCCCGCCGCCGCCGCCGCCGCCGCCGCCGAGAACGACGACGACGACGAAGGCGGCCUGGAGGCGGCGGGCGAUGGCGCGGGCGGCGGCGGCGGCGGCGCGGACCGGCGCGGCCCGGGGGAGGGCGGGGGCGAGGAGGCGCCGCUGUCCACCCGCAGGAAGCUCGGCCUCCUCCUCAAGUACAUCCUCGACAGCUGGAAGAAGCGCGACUUGUCCGAGGAGAAGUGAACGCUGCGGCCGCCCCGUCGGGUGGGAAAUGAACGCUGUGCCCCCCCCCCCCAGCCCCCGCAGCCCGAGUCUGAAGAGAAAGACCCGAAACCUGACGAGA